AAUCCCGGCAAAGCCACAUGGCCAACGAAUCUGACAUCAGUUAUCCUUAUCAGAUGUUUGACAUUAGAGCCGACUACUUGGAUAAUUUUGAAAUUCCCUGGAAAAUUUCGUCAGUGUUCAUUUGAAAAAAUUAAACCUUAAAUUUCGCCCUUGUAAAAAAAUGUUGGAGCCAAUAAAGCAUUCGCUUGAAUUCAAGAGGAUAGUCCUGGCCAGCGUUUCGGCUCGGAGGAGUGAAAUCCUUAGAAGUGUAGGUCUUAGGUUUGAAAUAAUGCCAUCGUUAUUCCCUGAAAAUCUAGAUCCGAAAAAUUACCCAAAUUUAGCAGAGUACGCAGUAGAAACUGCAUAUCGCAAAGUGCUUGACGUCGCAGAUAGAAUGAAAGAAGAUUUAAACCAACCCGAUAUAAUAAUCGGUGCUGAUACAGUGGUCACCUUGGAUGGGAAAGUUUAUGGGAAGCCUAAAGAUUCAAAAACUGCUCAGCAAUAUUUGGAAGAUCUGAGUGGAAGACAGCAUGUUGUACAUACUGGUGUUGUCAUCAAAACACCAACAGCUACUGUUAAAUUUCACGAAACGGCUCAAGUAACAAUGGCAUUCCUUACAGAUGAAAUAAUUAGUGGUUACGUGAGAACUAGAGAACCACUGGAUAAAGCUGGCGGCUAUGGAAUUCAAGGAAUCGGAGGUUCUUUAAUUGAGAAGAUUAAUGGGGAUUAUUACACAGUUCUUGGUCUACCUCUUCAUAGCUUCUGUAAACAUCUUCUUUGGAUUUUUGAUGACCGUAAGAAGAAGAUGGAACUCGAAAUGAGUCUGGGACUGCAAUGUUAUCAAGAAUAUCCGGUUGUCGACCAGGACUGUAAGGAGUAGGUAUCAGAGACAAGAAAGUGAAAAUUAACUUUUCAUAAUAUUGGUGUAAAGCAUCAGAAAUCAAGCAGGAGCAUCCCGAGCUUCGGUUUUUUUAUCGAGAUCACCAAUCAAGUUCAUCACUUCAAUGAAGUAAUUGAUUUCAAUGAUCUGAAAAUAGGUUUUAGUUAUUUAAAAUGUGAUAUACAUGGGUUAAGAUAGUACAAAACUGGAAAUAAACAAUUCUAUAAAAUACAGACACUGUAAAUUGAA